ACUGUUGUGAAAAGUGGAGAGCAGAGUAAAAUUUUAUUUUCUUUUCUUCCUUACAGGAACAGAAAAGUAGUGAACUACUCACAAUUCAACGAGUCUGACGAUGCAGAUGAAGAAUAUGGUGACUCUAAACCCAAGAAGGUUCGUCCUGCACACCGAGAGCUGAAGCACAAGAGCUCAAAGAAUUCACAGGAUGAAAGCGAGGACUCUGAGGACAAACUCUCCAAAUCGAAAAAUGAUUCUGCUGAUGACCUUGGUAGUGACGACGAAGAGAAUGACUUUGGCGAGGAAGAGGAAGAUGGAGGAAGUGACUAUGAAGAAAAAAAAAUCAAAAGAGGAAAGAAACCCAAGAUAGAGAAGCCCAGCAGAAGGACACCGAAAAGAAAACGGGCCACAGAUUGCAGUGAUGACGACAAGGAACUCAGCCGAAAGCGAACAGUACGUCAGGCGGCCUCCAAGGCAGUGUCAAAACAAAGGGAGAUCCUUCUGGGUGACGGAGGCAGUGAGGAUGAAGAGCAUGAGGAACAAGAAGAAGCCUACCUUGAUCCUGAUGAAUCUGGCAGUGAUGAAGACUUUAUGGUGGAAGAUGACGAUGACAGUGACUACGGUCACUCCAAAAAGAGAAGCAAGAAGGUUAUUCGACGAGGCCGAAUGGACAAGGAGAAGAAAUCUCCCAAACCCAGAUUAAAGGCUACAGUAAACCCCAGCCCCAUGAAAGAUAAGGGGAAAGGCCACACCAGCACCAAGGCUCUGGAAAAGAGUUCACCCAAAGAGGAGGAAGAGGAUGAUCCUGAGAGUCCCUUGGAGGAGGAGGAGGAGGAGGAGGGGGAAGCUGAGAAGAAAGAUAUCUCCCCUGCCCCCAAGAUGACAAAGAAGGGUGCUGGAGAGGAGGAGGAGGAGGAGAAUGAGGAAGAGGAGGAGGGUGGCUCAGAAGAGGAAGCGCCCUCUGGGGAAGACUAGAUCAUUCCCCAUUAAGUGUCCAUGUUUAAUUUUGUUUUUUGUCCUUGUGGUGGCCUGGCUACAUGGUUUGGACUAGAUGUGCUUGUCUUUUUUUUUUUUCUCUCUCGCUCACCGUGAGGAUGGAUCACAGCCUACCCAUAAUGAUCAUCUGAUAUCACCCUCUGCUUCACCCGUUCGUUCUUUUGACCCCAGCCAACCCUGACUUCUCCAUCGUCGACUAAGAAGAGAUUCUAUGACACUUCUGAAGCAAGUCAAGUCUGCUGGCAUUUGUUUCUGGUUCACUAAGAGAAUCCGUCCUGUGUAAACAAACAGUACACUAAAUUUAGCUUGUGCAGUGAAUGAUUUGCAUACAUUUUACGCAAAUGAUUUGUUUUCAUGUCACCGUUUUGCUACAUUAAGAAAUCGCAAAUGUUUUCCUGGUUAAGCGGUUUUAUUCUUAUGUUCUGCUUUAUGGGUGGAGCAGUAAACCCAGAGAAUAAAGCCAAACUGAAGCUUGCAAUUUUGGAAAUUAUCCAUUUGGUUGAAUGUACUUCAUAGAUCACUGUGAUAGGUCUGCU